AGAAUAUUGGCGGCUCGCUGCAUUGACGUGGUGCUGCCGUGUCUCAUGCCUGAGCCGCCGGGGCCUGGAUACUCUAUCCUUGAAAUAUCUUCCGUUGUCCCUGCGCGCCGAUCUCUCUGCACCGCUGCACCUCCACCGCUCCCCUCCCGAACCCUGCAAGAUUUCUGCAUUUUCCCACAUUCCUAGCACACCUCACAAUCACCACCCACCGCCAUGCCCAAGGAGAACAGGAAACGCGGCCGCCGCGAAGAGGAGAAGAAGCGCAAGCGCGACGGCCAUGACGACGAUGCCACCCACAAGCGCCACAAGAAGUCGUUUGACGGCCAGCAGGAGUUCGCUCCGUUUGACAACGAGCAGCAGUACUUCGAGGGCCUCGAUGGCGUCCCCCACCCGGAGGAGAUGCCCUACUACGGCCAGCUGGACGAGGAGGAGCAGGAGUACUUCAAGCGUGCCGACGAGCUGCUCGAAAUGAACCAAUUUGAAGGACCCGAAGAGCGCGCAUUGUUUCUCGAGAAUGUGUACCAGGAAGCCGAGGAGAAGGAGCUGAAAAUCGCAAAUAGCCAGUCAUGCUCGCGACUGAUGGAGCGACUGAUUCUGCUCUCGACGCCAGCCCAGCUCAAGUCGCUUUUCCAGAAAUUCAACGGACACUUCUUGAACCUCGUACAACACCGAUUCGCUUCUCACUGCUGCGAGGCCCUGUUCAUACACGCAGCUCCGAUGGUCACACAGGAGAUGGUUGCACCGCUGGAGGACCUGACCUCGUCCGACCCAAAUGAAAUUGUGGCAUCAAUGGAGAACCUGUACCUCUUCGCUAUAAACGAGCUCGAAGGCUACUUGGGCUACCUCAUGACUCACCCCUAUGCAUCACAUACUCUGCGUGUCCUUCUACUCGUACUAGCCGGUCUCCCCUUCUCCCAAUCGAGUAAAAAGUCGCCUGUCCAGAGCAAGAGGAAAGAGAAAGUUGGUGUGGCCGGAGUGGAGAGGUCCAAGGGACUCACCCUCGAGAAGCGGACAGUGCCAGAGGCUUUCACUAGCGCAUUGGAGAAGAUCAUCAAUGAUAGCGUCUCUGGGCUUGAUACCACCUAUCUUCGAGCACUGGCACUACAUCAAACUGGAAAUCCUACUCUACAGCUUCUCCUCCAACUAGAGCUAUCGGAAUUUGGGAAACAGAGAGCCAAGGACGAGAACUCGAUAAUGCACCGACUGCUUCCCGAUGGCCCAAUUGCAGAGGGCACGGAAAGCGCAUCAUUUAUCAGUGGCCUCAUAUAUAGCCCUAUCGGCUCUCGACUACUGGAGACCAUCAUCGAGUUUGCACCUGGUAAAACUUUCAAGGCCUUAUAUCGCGAGUUCUUCAAAGAUCGAAUGGGAAGUCUAGCCAGAAACGAGAUCGCGGGAUAUGUGGUGGGCAAGAUUCUCGAACGGCUAAGUAAGGAAGAUCUAGAAGAAGCGAUGCAUCUAAUUGUGGAGCAAAUACCCGGGCUCGUGGACCGAAACAGAACAGUCGUCAUCAAAACCUUAAUCGAACGUUGUACAAUCCGCGGCGUAUCCACCGUACCUAUUGCUGCACAACUAGAAGCAGGAUACAGCGGCGUGAACGGAUUUGAAAUAUCGCGCCUCCUGAAACUCGGCGGCGAGGCGCCUUCAGAGGAUGGCAAGAAAUCGUCGGAAUCAACUUCACAUCAAUCGCAUCCCGACAAACUCCACGGCUCACUUCUCGCACAGGCUAUGCUUGCUGUCCCUGGUCCACUCAGUAACCUAAUAUUUGACUCUCUAGCCCGUGUAGGAUCAUCUCUGUCGCUUCAGAUCGCACGCGACCCCACCGCGUCCCGGGCACUACAGGCAGCCCUAACCUCACCCACUGCAACGAUCAUCUUCCGCCGUAAGAUUAUCCAGCAAUUCUACGGACAUAUCGCUGAAAUGGCGCUCGACCCUGCUGCUUCGCAUGUCAUUGACUCGGUGUGGGAGGGAACACACGGACUUGCUUUCAUCCGGGAGCGUCUUGCAGAGGAACUGGCUGAGAACGAAGCAGCGAUGCGCGAGAGUUUCGUAGGCCGCGCAGUUUGGAGGAAUUGGAAAAUGGACCUGUACAAGAGGCGGAGAGGAGAUUGGGUGAAAGAGUCACGGACAAGCGCAGGAAACGAAGGAUUCCAGUCCUUCCCGGAGCCUAAUGGGGAUGCGAAGAAGGAGGCAGAGAGAGGUGGCAAGCACCUUUCAGCGAUUGAGCUGGCCAGACAGAAGUAUGCUGCCAGUAAGAAGCAAAAGGAAAGAGAAGCAAAGACAACGGAAAAAGAGUUGCAUAAAUCAGCCAAGGGGAAGGGGAAGGCUGCGGUGACGGCGUAAAAUGGAGAACUUAAUGAGAGGUUUACACAGACACCAACCUUGUAGGAGUACAAAGGCGGAACAUUAGGCGGUGAAGCGGCAGAAAAAUAAUUAUACUUUUUUUCGUUCGCGAUGUCGCAAUCGUAUCCACUUCUCUCUCUAUCGUUAUUCAUUGUUCCACG